AUGGAAGUAACCUGGGUGAGUCAUCCUGUUUCACGAAGAUAAUCUCUGCACGGCUGGGAACCAAUCACAAUCAAAUGUUUCUAUUUUGGCGGAAGUGUGGUACUGUUAUUCUGCAAGAAAUGAGCGGCUUGUUUUUUUCUGUAAAAACCUCUUGUUUUGUACUCAUAUUAAUGGACUGUAAUCGCCUUUGCUAAUUACGACUUUAUUAUAACGUGACCACAAAGUAACUCUUGUGACGUUGCGUCUUGUGUGAACUUGUGUUAAUUUAGCGUCAUGCUAACCUAGCUAGCACACUGUUCGGGGUUUGGCUGCAAAUGGAGAUUUUUGUUUUUUUAAUUUAUAGUCUGUGGGUUUGAGCUGCUGGCCACAAACUAGUCAGCUUGUUCAACAUGAAGACAAAUAAAUCUUAUAAGCUUGUGUUGCACAAGAAAGGAUUUGGUGGCAGUGAUGAUGAGCUGGUUGUGAAUCCUAAAGUUUUCCCUCAAGUAAGACUAGGUGAUGUAAUCGAGAUUGCUCACCCUGCAGAUGAGUACAGCCCUCUUCUCUUGCAGGUAAAGAGCCUGAAAGAGGACCUUCAGAAAGAGACAAUCAGUGUGGACCAGACUGUGGCACAAGCCUUCAAACUACGUGCAUAUCAGGAUGUCAUUGUCAGUAUUGUCAAACCUCAGGAUGUAAUACUGGACCUUGUGGAGCUGACGUUCAAAGACCAGUAUAUUGGCAGAGGAGAUAUGUGGAGGCUAAAGAAGAGUCUGGUAAGCACCUGUGCUUAUGUGACCCAAAAGGUGGAGUUUGCAGGAAUCAGAGCGCAGGCGAGUGAUCUGUGGGUGAAAGGUGAGAAAGUCACUUGUGGAUACAUCAGUGAAGACACCAGGGUGGUGUUCAGAUCCACAUCUGCGAUGGUGUACAUCUUUAUCCAGAUGAGUUGUGAAAUGUGGGACUUCGACAUCUAUGGUGACCUCUACUUUGAAAAAGCUGUAAAUGGCUUCCUCUCUGACCUUUUCACCAAGUGGAAGGAGAAGAACUGCAGUCAUGAGGUGACAGUUGUGCUUUUCUCACGCACAUUUUACAAUGCUAAAACUAUCGACGAGUUUCCUGAGGUUUUGAGAGGGUCCAUUCGACAGGAUCACGAGGGACGUUUUUACGAAGACUUCUACAGGGUCGUGGCUCAGAAUGAAAGACGGGAUGAGUGGACAUCAUUACUGGUCACUAUCAAGAAGCUCUUCAUCCAGUAUCCUGUCCUGGUGCGACUGAAAGAAACGGAUGGUUUUCUUGGUGGUUAUAACUCUACCGCUGCUCAAGGGAACUACUUGGAAGCAAUUAACCUUUCCUUUAAUGUUUUUGACAAGCACUACAUCAACCGUAACUUUGAUCGUACUGGCCAGAUGACUGUGGUCAUCACACCUGGUGUGGGAGUCUUUGAAGUAGAUCGUCUGCUAAUGAUUCUAACGAAGCAGCGUAUGAUUGAUAAUGGUAUUGGUGUAGACUUGGUAUGUAUGGGGGAGCAGCCAUUGCAUGCAGUACCAUUAUUUAAGCUGCACAAUAGAACCAUGCCUGGAGACUCUCGUUUGGGAGAUGACUACAACCUGCCUCACUGGAUCAACCACAGUUUCUAUACCUCCAAAAGUCAAAACUCUUUCAGCUCCUUCACACCUCGAAUCAAGCUGGCUGGAUGGAAGGCAGAAAAAUACAAGGGCACCAAAGAUCAUACUCUUUGUGCUACAAAGGACUCUGAAAACAGUUUGCCUAUACAAGUGGACUAUGAUGCCUAUGAUGCUCAAGUCUUCAGACUUCCUGGUCCUUCACGAAUACAGAGGAGCACAAACUUGAGGAUGGGUCGAGACAAAGAGACAAGUGGUCGGAGGAGCUGGGGUUCAGUGGAGGUCAACACAGGCAUCGGUGCUUCACCCCCUGUUUGUUCUGGAGGUCAUGACGAACAGCGUAGCCUGGCUUUUGACAAUAGUUUCGGCCCUGUGUCCAACAUGCUGCUCAUACCCCGGCUGCCCUCUAUCCAGUAUGAAGUCAGUAGCUCCCUGGGCUACAGCAGCACCAGAGAGUUGUUGGAGAAGAUGAUGGGGUCUCAGCGGGAAUCGAGUGCUCCUGGAAGGUUUACAGUGGGAAGUGCUGAAUCCACACUCCAUAUACGACCAGGAGGUUACACCCCUCAGAGAGCCCUUAUAAACCCCUUCACCCCAUCCAGGAUGCCCAUGAAGCUCACGUCCAACCGCCGGCGAUGGAUGCACACCUUUCCUGUUGGACCGUCUGGAGAGGCAAUCCAGAUCCAUCACCAGACCCGACAGAACAUGGCUGAGUUACAGGGCAGUCAGCAGAGAGACCCUGCCCACACUUCUGCAGAGCUACUCGAGCUGGCCUAUCAUGAGGCUACAGGAAGACGUACAACCCCACGACAGAUGGGAGAGAAUGGCAUUUACGCUGGCAGGGUGGAAGGGUUAACAGGAGGUCCAGAGAGCAGUGACAGUGGAAAUGUUAUCAAUCGCUCCUCAGUUGAAGACUUUUCCUUCAGCGGUGCUGGUCCAACUCUACAGCUGUCUGCACCCCCGACAGUGCCCAGUUUCUGCUGCACAGUGGGGGUUGACUGGAAGUCUCUGACCACACCGGCCUGCCUGCCCCUCACCACGGACUACUUUCCUGACCGCCAGGUGCUGCAAAAUGACUACACAGAAGGCUACUACGACCUGCUGCCGCACAGUGACCUGGAGAGGAGAGAAGAUGAAGCUCCCUUCAUGAGUGCUACUCAGGUUUUUGAGGAGUUCAUCUGUCAACGGUUGAUGCAGGGCUACCAGAUCAUCGUCCAGCCAAAUAACAGAAAAACACAGCCCUCUGUAGCUGCACCUCUUGGCAGCAGUCCUCUUUAUACCAGAGGUUUGGUGUCUCUUCGCCGAGUGGAGGAUGAGGAGACAGUUUACUGGCUCAGUAUGGGUCGGACCUUCCAUAAAGUUUGUCUCAAAGACAAAAUUAUCACUGUUACUCGCUAUCUCCCAAAGCACCCAUGUGAGUCAGCCCAGAUACAGUACGGCUACAGCCUGUGUCCUCCACACUCUGAUGCACUGUUUGUGUCCUGCUGGGUGGAGUUUGGUCAUGAAAGACUGGAAGAUUACAAGUGGAACUAUCUGGACCAGUAUAUCUGCUCUGCUGGUUCUGAGGACUUCAGUUUGAUCGACUCUCUGAAAUUUUGGAGGACACGAUUUCUCUUGCUACCAGCUGGAGGGGCUCGGCGUGUAGCGGAUGUGGAUGGCCACUGGGAUGUUUAUGGGGAAGGAGCAGGUGCUGGGAUGGGUGGCAGCGGGGACUGGGUCCUGUUGGAUGGCUUCAUACGCUUCAUGGAAGGACUCAACCGCAUCCGACGGCGCCAUCGUUCUGACAGGAUCAUCCGACAGAAGGGCACACCGCUCAAGGGACUGCAGGUUACCAGUCCCCUCCCUUCAUAUCCUAUAGAGCCUGUAGUACCCCCACAAGGAAAAAAAGGCACAUCAGCUCUGUCAGCCCUCUUGGAGAUGGAGCAGAACCAGAAAACUCUGGAGGAGCAGCAGACGAAGCUCUCUGCAGUGGUGUGUGAUCCCUCGAGUGUCCUCACAGCUCCCACUUAUGUCGACAGUCCUCGCAAGGACACUGCCUUUAUUUUGGAUUUUAUACGUAGCCCUCGCUCCUCCUACAUCUGUCACUCUCAGAUGCCUGUUGAAUCCACUGAGGUGAUGGAUAGAGGUGUCCAACCAGGACCUGCAGCUGGUGCAUCAGCACAGCCUACAGGAGAUGCAGGAAACAGCAGUAGCUCAGACAUCUGUAGACAGUCUGCAUUGGGAGCGCUGUCUCUAUCCUCAUCAUCGCUUUUAGAAAUCCUGGAGGCCAUCAAGCAUCCCACGACCGGUGUACAGCUCCUCCCAGAGCAGAAGGGGCUGCCGCUCAACUGCUUUAUCAGUGCUGAGGUUGUUCAUUGGUUGGUCAACAAUGUGGAGGGUGUGACCACACAAGGGAUGGCUGUGGAUGUCAUGCAGAAGAUGCUGGAUGAUGGCUUGGUGGCUCAUGCUUCUGGAGAUGCUAUGCGCACAUUCAUCUAUGGUUUCUACAUCUACAGAAUAGUAGGAGAGAAGGAUGGCUCGACCACACAGCUCCCCCCAACAACAGCUGGCAUCUGGUCCACUGCAGCUCUAGAGGACUUUGCCUUGUUCCAGAGGAAAUGGUUUGAGGUGGCCUUUGUCCUCGAGGAGCGCCGACCCUGUGACCUCCCAACUUUUCUCCUACCCUGGCUGCCCAGCCGACCGGCUUCCUACGCAAGUAGGCACAGUUCCUUCAGCCGCAGCUUUGGAGGGCGCAGCCAGGCCGCUGCACUGCUAGCGGCGACAGUGCCAGAGCAGAAGACAGUCACUCUGGACGUGGACGUGAACAACCGCAGUGACCGAGCUGAAUGGUGCAGCUGCUUUUAUCACGGCAACUUCUCCCUCAGUGGGGCUUUUGAAAUCAAGCUGCACUGGAUGGCCGUUACUGCAGCGGUACUCUUUGAAAUGGUUCAAGGUUGGCACCGGAAAGCAGCUUCCUGUGGCUUCCUGCUUGUUCCCGUGCUGGAGGUUCCAUUUGCUCUGACAUCGUACCUGUACGGAGACCCGCUGAGAGUCCAACUCUUCAUCCCCCUGAACAUCAACUGCCUGUUGAAGAACGGCAGUGAAAACCUGUUUGAAGGAUUUGAACCAGAGACUUACUGGGACAGGAUGCAGCUGUUUCAGGAGGUCAUAUUAUACAGGUUUGGCUUUAUGCAGGACAAGUUCUCAGCUUCUGCAUUUAAUUUUCCCUCUGAGAACAAGCCACAGUACAUCCACGUAACAGGCACCGUGUUCAUGCAGCUGCCAUACGCCAAGAGGAAGUACUCCAGCGGGCAGCAGCGUCGCCGCAGGAACUCUACUACCUCCAACAGCCAGAGUCCAUUUGGCGGCGAGGAGCGUGUGGGCUACUACUGGGCCUACAAUACCAUGCUGACCAAGGCCUGGAGGACGGGCGUGCUGGGCGAUGAGAGGCUGGCCGACCGCCUGCUCCGCGACUUUACGGACUUCUGCUCCAACAAGGACAACAGACUGCUCAACCUCUGGGACAGCUGUCAGGAGAAAAUGAACUCCAGCACCCCCUGACAGGAGCAAGUGGAGAGGAGGUCAAGAAGGCCGUGUGAGGAAGAUGAAAUAUAUAGCAGGUGGACAAA